UUGGUACCCAUGGACUGCUGCUCGUUAGUAUGAGUUGACAAUAAGAAAUAUUUUGUUUCUGAUAAUCAUACACUUCACAAUUAUAUGAAUCACAUAAGAAGCAAGUAUGAACGCGAGUGAUCAGCCCAGUAUGGGCCUUUGUGUCAAGCUGCCAUUGCCACAGGCAGAACUGCAAGAAUUAAUUGAUAAAGCAAAAGAUUGGUCGCUUAUGAAUGGAGCCUGUAUGCGAUCAAAGAAGAAUUUCAACAGAGAUACUCUGCAGUUUGCUCCAUUUAUUCUUAUACCGUCGUCAUUUCCAAGGACAGAAUUUAAUCGAGCUUGUGAAAUUCAAAUAAUAUUAAACGAACUGAUGCACAGAGUUGCCCACGACUAUGAAUUCCUGAAAGAAACCCUCAAAGAAACAAUCAAAGUCGAUACUUUUACCCGGAAAUUGUUUGAUAUUUAUGAAACGGUCUACAGCGGGGGAUUCACUCAAAAAAUAUCGUUAGGAAUGUUGAGGUCCGAUCUAAUGCUCGACACUAGUUGCCCUAAAGAACGUGGCUGCUCACAAAAUCACAAGCCGUACUGUUGUUGGAAACAAGUAGAAAUAAAUACGAUCGCAUCGGGAUUUGGAUGGCUUGGUCCGGCCGCUACAAAAUUGCACAAAUAUGUUCUGCAGGAACUUGAUCGCACAAGUGAGCUAGAAAAUUUGCCUGACAAUAAUGCGCUCCAAGGACUAUGCACGGGAAUGAUUGACGCGUGGAAUAUUUACAAUGAUCCAAAAUCUGUCAUUUUAUUUAUCAUUGAAGAUGUCACAUACAAUAUAUGUGAUCAGCGUUUUCACGAAUUUGAAAUCCGUAGACUGAACCCAUGCAUUAGGGUGCUGCGUAGGACACUGACCGAGCUAGCCGUUGAAGCUCGUCUCAGUCCGAAGAAAGAACUGAUUGUUGGAGAACAAACCGUCGCCGUUGUUUACUUCAGAUGUGGCUAUGAACCGAGUCAAUAUCCCAGUGAAAAAGAGUGGGAUGUAAGAUUACUUAUAGAAAGAUCGUUGGCAAUCAAAUCCCCAUCGAUUCAAUACCAUCUAGCUGGUGCGAAAAAAGUCCAACAAGCUCUGGCCAAACCUGGAGUUCUUGCCAGAUUUCUAAAGGAUGAGGGGACGGCUGAGCAAAUCCGAGGAAUAUUCACUGGUCUUUAUGCUUUGGAUUUUGACGAACACGGAGAAAAUGCAAUAGAUAUGGGAAUAGCAAAUCCCGAACGCUUUGUUUUGAAACCGCAACGAGAAGGUGGUGGAAAUAAUAUUUACGGUAACGAAAUAAAAACGGCACUAGAGUCCAUGAAGGACAAGCAAGAGAGAUCGGCAUGGAUCUUGAUGGAUAGAAUCCAACCACCGUUGCAAAGAAACUAUCAAAUACGAGCAGGAAGUAAUACAGAUGCGGAAUUGAAGGAAGUCGUUUCAGAAUUGGGCAUAUUCGGUAUAUUGAUCGGCGAUGAAAAGAAUAUUAUCAUUAACAGACAAGUUGGUCACAUGCUUCGGACAAAAUUGGCCAGUGCUGAUGAAGGCGGUGUUGCAUCAGGAUUGGGGGCUUGUGAUAGUCCAUAUUUAACCGAUUAGUUGGAACGCAUAUGUAAUACAAUCUUUGUUAAUUAUCACGUGAUUUUGUACUUAGCAGUCAUGAACUAAGAGAACGACUACUGAUAAAAAUCUAACAAAUUAUUGUAAUUUACACCUUCAAAUUAUUUUGUAUAAAGAACAGGUUUAUUUAGUAUUUAAUGUGACAAUAAUUCAUACCUGCGCCACAAAUUCUACUUAUAAAAAUAUAUUUUCGAUGAUACUUUAUCCAACGCUUCCUAAUCUGCCAAUUGUCAAAACUCGCCAAAGAAGUAUGAAGUGAAAAAAAAAUAUAUAUUUCUUGACUAGU